AUAAUCCACCAUCUUGCUACUACUUGAAACUUUCGCUCACGCUACACGCUAAUAGUUAUAGUGCCGCGACUUAUCACAUACACGAAUUAAUAUAAAUUACUUAUAACUAGACACUCAGAAAUUAUCAUUUUGGGGGAAAAUCAAAAUGGGUUACAAUGUAGUAGAUAAUAAUAAUCUGAGAUGGUUGCUACUAUUAUCACUGGUACUGUUAUUGCAUCAACCCUGUAUCGAAGCGACGUCGUCUACACAGAGAUACAAGAACGCAUACGCGACGAUGAUGUAUGUAGGUACACCAAGGGACUAUGAAUUCUACGUUGCCGUACGCGUCCUCAUUAAAUCGCUUUUCAAACUUAACGUUCAAGCUGAUCUCGUCGUCAUUGCUUCCGUCGAUGUUCCUCUUCCAUGGAUUCGAGCCCUCGAAGAGGAAGACGGUGCAAAAGUUCUGAGGGUGUCAAACAUGGACAAUCCUUACAAGCAUCAGGAUAAUUUUGACAGGAGAUUUAAGUUGUCACUGAAUAAACUUUAUGCUUGGAGCUUAGUUGAUUAUGACAGGGUAGUCAUGUUGGAUGCUGAUAACCUCUUCCUUCAAAACACUGACGAAUUGUUUCAAUGUGGACAAUUUUGUGCUGUCUUUAUUAAUCCCUGUGUUUUCCAUACUGGUCUCUUUGUCUUGCAGCCAUCAAUGGUUGUGUUCAAGGACAUGGUUAAUGAAUUACAAAAUGGGAGAGAAAAUCCAGAUGGUGCAGACCAAGGUUUUAUUGCUAGCUACUUCCCUGAGUUGCUUGAUAAGCCAAUGUUUCAUCCUCCAUCAAAUGGCACUAAGCUUGAUGGAACAUAUAGGCUUCCUUUAGGUUAUCAGAUGGAUGCUUCUUACUACUAUCUUAAACUUCGUUGGAGCAUACCCUGUGGACCAAAUAGUGUGAUCACAUUCCCGGGGGCACCAUGGUUGAAGCCAUGGUAUUGGUGGUCUUGGCCUGUCCUGCCACUAGGCCUUCAGUGGCAUGAACAACGUCGCCAAACUUUAGGGUAUGCUUCUGAGAUAACUGUGACAGUUAUCCAAUCUGCAAUAUAUAUAGGAAUAGUAGCAAUGACGCGUUUGGCAAAGCCAAACCUCUCAAAGUUAUGUUAUAGGCGUUCUGAUAAGAGCAUCAAUCUGGCACACAACAGUCUCAAAUUAGUAGCAUUAUGGUGCAUACUUGCAGCUUACGCAACACCAUUCUUUAUCAUUCCUCACACAAUUCACCCUCUACUUGGUUGGAUCCUCUAUUUGCUUGGUUCUUUUGCAUUUUGUUCAAUUGCAAUCAAUGUCUUUCUUCUACCAAUGUUGCCGGUUUUGGUGCCGUGGCUUGGGAUUGUUGGGACCCUUUUGGUCAUGGCAUUUCCUUGGUAUCCUGAUGGAAUUGUAAGAGCUAUGUGCGUGUUUUUCUAUGCCUUCAUUUGUGCUCCAUUUUUGUGGACAUCUAUGGUGAGAAUUGUGGCGGGUCUUCGGCUAUCUCUAGAAAGGGAAGCUUUUUUGCCAAGAUUUGCAGAAUGUUAUCCACAUUCUUGGUUUAACAAGUUAUUUUGAGAUGUGUAAUUCGGCAUAAGGUAAAUGAUAGGAUAUAUAGGACAAAGAACUGAAAGAAAAAAGCAUUCUAGAUAAGCUUGGAAAAAAUUGAGGUUGAUGUGAAAUCAGAAUUGGGAUAGGUUUUUGUCAUUUGUUUUGUGUUGAGGGAUUGAGAAAGAUUUUGCAUCAUGAAAAUGUUAAAAAGACAAAAGAUGUUGAGGCCAUUUUGCUCCUGAAUAUAAAUUGGUCGGUCAAAUUACUUCAUGAAUUUUGAUAAAUAAAUCUUUGAAAUUAUAAAAUAUUAA